AUGAACGGAGCUCCAUCAACACUCCCACAAGGCUGGACUCAACGCCUUUUCUACAUCUACCAACCCACAGGACAAGUCACUUGGGCCCACCCCCUCGGCCAGGCCGCAGACCAACAAGAAAAUGCUCGGUACUCUCAACUCCAACAACAACAGUACCAGCGCCCUCCACCCUACAUGCCCACUGCCUCACCUGCACCAGUGCCGAUGUCGGGCGGUUAUAGUCCGUAUCCUUAUCCAGCAGCACAAGCGGCACCGAUUAUUGUGCAGCAGCAGGCACCCGUGCCGCAGAAGCAUCAUGGGCUCGGGACGGGGGCUAGUCUUGCAGUGGGAGCCGUUGCAGGCGGUGCAGUAGGUCUAGCAGCAGGAUCACUCCUAAGCGGCGGAAUGCACCACAACUACGGUGGCUACGGAUAUGGAGGGGGCCCAGGCGGAUAUUAUGGAGGCGAUAUCACCCCCGUUUACGGUGUCGGUGGAGGUGGCGAUGUUACGAUUAUCGAGAACAAUAACUAUGGAGGUUAUGGCGGUGGUAACGAUGUCACCAUCAUUGAGAAUAACAAUUAUGGAGGAUAUGGCGGAGGAAACGACGUGACGAUCAUUGAAAACAACAACUACGGUGGGGGCAAUGAUGUGACAAUCAUUGAGAAUAAUGAUUUUGGAGGUGGGGACUUUGGUGGUGGCGAUUGGUAA